AAAGUGCCACGGUGGCAGUGGUGGCGGCCGCGCGGCCGAGUGCCUCCGGCCCUGCCAGCCUCGCAACCGUAACCUGUAAUCCCGACCCGAGGGACGCCCGCCUGGGAGGCCCAGCCCGCCUCUCCCUGCGGCCGCUGGUUAGCUCCGACCCCGAAUCACCCGGCUCACCCGCGGGUUGCAGCACCUGCCGGAUGUGGGGAGGAAGGAGUAGGCCAGAUGAGGGAAGGCAGAUGUAGGCGUCCAGUCUGUCAGCGCCUCGGUGGGGGAGCUGGGUGGGCAAGCCUGCAGUCGCUCCCCGGAACCAGCCCUGGGCUGCGGGGAGGCGAAGUUGGUUGGUCCUGCCCUCCAGGGGCGCCCCGACAUCGACGUAAAAUGACUUGGCAGCAGAGCUCCUGCCGCUUCCCCCUUAUGCAGCUGCCCUCGCCGACGCCAGGGACUGUAAAGGCAGAUGGGACAGGGCCUAGCCGUUCAGCCAACACUUUGAGCUUCCCAGCCAAACUCCUACCCCCACUCCCCGCCUCUGGUCCUCACCCCCUUCCUCUCUCCUAGCCUCGGUGUCUGGUUACGGCUCCUCUGCUCGCACUGUGACUUUGGGCCAGGCUGGGGGAAAUGACCCGGGAGGGUCCCGUGUGGCUACAUAAAAUUGGCAGCCUUAGAACCAGUGGGAAGGCGGGUGCGCUAAAUCGAGGGGCGGAGAGAGGGGGCGGAGGAGCUGUUUUCUGAAUCCGAGUCCGUGGGCUCUCUCAGAAGUCCUCAGGCCGGAGCAGAGGUGGCUGGCGGGCCCGGCUGACUGCGCCCCUGCUUUAUUUCCAUAACCUUUUCUUUCGGACUCGAAUCACGGCUGCUGCGAAGGGCCUAGUCCCGGACACUAGGGUGCCACGAACGCGCUGAUGCCCCGAGUGCUCGCAGGGCUUCCCGCUAACCAUGCCGCCGCCGCCCGCAGCUGCCUUGGCGCUGUCUGUGCUCCUGCUACUGCUGAUGGUGCGGACGCCGCUCCCGACCGGCGCAAGGCCGUCGUCAGGCCCAGAUUACCUGCGGCGCGGCUGGCUGCGGCUGCUAGCGGAGGGCGAGGGCUGCGCUCCCUGCCGGCCAGAAGAGUGCGCCGCGCCGCGGGGUUGCCUGGCGGGCUGGGUGCGCGACGCGUGCGGCUGCUGCUGGGAAUGCGCCAACCUCGAGGGCCAGCUCUGCGACCUGGACCCCAGUGCUCACUUCUACGGGCACUGCGGCGAGCAGCUUGAGUGCCGGCUGGACACAGGCGGCGACCUGAGCCGCGGAGAGGUGCCAGAACCGCUGUGUGCCUGUCGCUCGCAGAGCCCGCUCUGUGGGUCCGACGGUCACACCUACGCCCAGAUCUGCCGCCUGCAGGAGGCGGCCCGCGCUCGGCCCGCUGCCAACCUCACUGUGGCACACCCGGGGCCCUGCGAAUCGGGGCCCCAGAUCGUAUCACAUCCAUAUGACACUUGGAAUGUGACAGGGCAGGAUGUGAUCUUUGGCUGUGAGGUGUUUGCCUACCCCAUGGCCUCCAUCGAGUGGAGGAAGGAUGGCUUGGACAUCCAGCUGCCAGGGGAUGACCCCCACAUCUCCGUGCAGUUUAGGGGUGGACCCCAGAGGUUUGAGGUGACUGGCUGGCUGCAGAUCCAGGCUGUGCGUCCCAGCGAUGAGGGCACCUACCGCUGCCUUGCCCGCAAUGCGCUGGGUCAGGUGGAGGCCCCUGCUAGCUUGACAGUGCUCACACCUGACCAGCUGAAUUCUACAGGCAUCCCCCAGCUGCGAUCACUAAACCUGGUUCCUGAGGAGGAAACUGAGAGUCAAGAGAGUGACGAUUACUACUAGCUCUGGCCCAUGGGGGUGGGUGAGCAGCUAUAGUGUUCAUCCCUGCUCUUGAAAAGACCUGGAAAGGGGAGCAGAUUCCCUUCAUGGACUGCUUUCAUGGGGAUGAUCAUGGGAGGCCUAUUUAACUCCAAGGUAGCAGGGUGGUAGGGGAGAGACAAAAGCUGGAGGAGGUUAGGGAGAGAGGCUGAGACCAAGACCAGUGGGGUAUAAAGGGGCCCAUGCAGGAGAUGCCCUGGCCAGUAGGACCUCCAACAGGUUGUUCCCCAGGCUGGGAUGGGGGCCAGAGCAGACACGGAGGUGGAGGCACCAGGAUUCUCCACUUCAUCCAGCCCUGCUCCGCCACACUUCUAACUGCCCUUCCUCCCAGGCCCUGGUUCUUGCUAUUUCCUGGUCCCCAAAGUUUACCUAGCUUGUUUGCCCUUUCCCCAAACUCAUCUUCCAGAACUUUUCCCUCUCUCCUAAGCCCCAGUUGCACCUACUGACUGCAAGUCCCCUUUGCUGUCUGCCCUCUUUUGCACAAGAGAGAGCACAGCAGAGCGUGGCUUAGUUCAGUGCAGAGAGAUGGGUGAGGCCAGCUCCAGAUCUUAUACCGCUCUGUACUGGACAAAACCUAGCACAGGGCUAGGCACCAAUAAAGAUUUCUAAUGAUGCACAGACAGAUGCACAGACAGUUUAUGCGGAUGUGCACAUGAAAACUGAAUAUCCUUGGGAGGCCUCCCACACUAACAGAACUCUGGCUUCUAGAAGCUGCAGGGCCUGCUCUCUAAGCACAUGCCUGCCAGAUGUACAGAGAGAAGGUUUGAACUUGGGCCUAUCCUGCCUUUGAGGGAGGGAGGCUGGAGCCAUUUGAUUGGAGGGAAGUUAUCUUCCCGGUAUGCCCUCCAUUGGGGCUGGUAUACAUUACCUGCUUCUGUGCUCAUCUUACUCCAAACCCUUUCCCAGGCCAGAAUGGGGAAUCAGGCCUAUGUGGGUAGGCCCCCAAAAUGAAUGCAUAGAGAGAGGAGGGUAGAAGUUUGGUCACCUGUGUGGUCCAUACUCUUCCCCAGCUCCCAUAGGAAUCUACCCUUUUCCUGCAGAAGCCAGAGCCAUGGUAAGCCUGUUUCCUAUCUGCCCCAAUUGUGACCUGUCCUCUCUGGCUUGGGGUCCCCAAAUCUCUUUCCUCAUUCUCCUUACCUAGCUCAGGGACACUGGUGAGACUCAAUGUUUAUUUAAUGAUUGACGGAGAGAAUGAAAGCACAAGUCAGCGAGGCCGAGACACUGCGUGUGGAUGGCGACAGCCUCCUACACGCCAGCGCUCCACCCAGAUCCUGGCGCCACUGCGGGAGGGCCUGCCCUUGGCUCAGCGUCAGAAUUUGUCCUCUGGGGCCCAACGCAGGGAGCCUGGCCUCAUGGGAGGGGCGUGGUCCGGAACUCCAACCCCAGGGCCUGCUUGGCCGCCCCUCCCGCGGCUACGCACGACUCCAUCUACUGCUGCCUUGCCCCGGGUCCUUAAGCCAGCGACAGUGUUUAUUGCCGAACCCAGGCUGGAGCCGGGCGGCCCCAGGAGCCGCGCACAACAGCGCAAGCGGGUUGGAUACUGGGAGCCGAUUCCAGGGCGCCCACAGAAGCAGAAUCAGAGGGGUAGGCGAGGGUGGGGCGUGCUGUUCGGCACCGUGGCCAAAAUCCACUCGGCGCUGAAAGAGGGAACUUGGGUGUGAGUCCCAGCAUCGGCCAGGGAAUCCGCCCCUAGCUUGUUCUUCGCCCAGCUGGGCUCCAAGGCGCCCUCUGCGGGUCCAUAGCCCCUACCGCGUCCACCUGCAGAGCAGAGGCUCCUCACCAAAAGCCCACCCCACCAGAGAGGGUCACGCAGGUCCCGGGGAAUCCGUACUCCUUGAUCGCGUUAGCCGACUUUGUAGGUGUUCAGGAGCAGCCUCCCAGCAGCCUCAGUUUUCCCUUCCGCCGCCCUGCUGGUUCAAGCCCCACAUCCUGGAAUGGGAGAACUGUUGUCCACCGCCCCCUCCCUCCCCGCACCCCGCCUCUGCUGCAGCGGACCCGCUUUAAUAACGUCGCUGGAAAGUGACACGCGAUUUAUUAUUAAAGUAAUGCGGGCGCGGGGACGGGAAAGGUUUAAUAAACGUGCUGAGAUGCCGAGGAUUAUUCACCGCAAAUAAAUGAGAGCGCGGGCGGCGUUUUAAUAAAUAAUUUCCCGCUGCUCCCGGGGGAAGGGAGGGGAGGGGAAGGGAGGAGGAGGGGGAGGCUGAGCCGCUGCCAGAACUCCCGGUUUCGCCUCCCCACGGGCUUCCAAGCCAUCCCCGGUUUCGUGUCCUAGGUUGCUCACACCCGAGAUCUGAGGUUCCAGGAGCGCCGACCCAGAGUUGCCCAGGCCUGAAAGCGGGAGAGGCUCAGUCACACCCUACAUUCCCCCACCUCCGAGAUUUUAAGUAUAGUCCGCUUGAAAUCCCUGGAAUGCUCUUUCUUCUGGCUCCUACCCAGAGAUCUGGAGUCCGGACCAACCGGGGCAGGAAGGGUCCGUCGGACCAGCCCCUCCCAAGCCGAGGCUUCCAGGUCUCAGCCGGGCUCUUCUUCUUGCUUUUAGCUGAGCCGAGCUGGGCAUGCCUCUCUCCUCCAUCUAGGGCAGGGUGUGAAGCGGAAGCCAGAGGGGGCUGUCUGAAAAUGACCUUGAUCCCCUCCUCGGGCUGUCGUGAGGAGGAGAGCCGCUUCGCCUGGCUGCUCGUCAUCGCUAAGGCUCCAAAGAAUGGUUGCGCAGCCGUGUUGGUAUAACCGAGGGUGUCCUGGAGAAGCCCAGCCCCUGGCGCUCUGGUGACCUGGGGGGUCGAUGUACGGACUGGGCAGAACUGAGCCCGAAGCCGGAGAGCGCCCCUGAAAAAGAAGCCUGGAAGCCCGAGAGAUGAACCCGACUCAGAGAGGGCAAAGACUGCAGACCUUGGGGACCGAGGACACGCUCACCACGAUGGUGGGGGCUGGGAGGAGGGUGCGGGCGGUGGCGUGCGGGGAAUCGCCUGGGGAAUCGCUCUGCAAGUUUUGUGCCUUAGCGGAAAGAGGCGACAUCUCUGGCAACUUGGGAGUACAGGAAGUGGCGAAGGAGUGCCAUCUGGUGGAUCAUUCUGGUAGUGACACUCAGACCUGGGCCAGGGACCUCGAGACAGUUUACUUAACUGGAAAAAUCUGAGUAAAAAAAUAGAUGCUUCAA